AAAAUGCAACUCCAAAGAGCGUUUUCCAACACCAUGCCAUAAAACGCGUCCGCGUCGUAAUUUUUGUGGAGUUUUUAAUUAGUUAAUUUUAAUAUUGCGUGUCUUACCUAUUCAAAAUAAUGUGUUAAGAAGUUACUGCUGACAAAAAACGCGAAUUUUAGUGGAAAUGAGCACCUCCACAAUAGACAGUGUGCGGGUGCUGCUUCAGUCGCUACCCGCAGCUGCCAACAACAACGUUGGCGCCCUGCCGGGAGAAAUGCAGACGCCGGGAAAGGGCAUGGCGAUGAUGGCACCGGUCGGCACUCCACUGCGCGCCAGAAAUCAAAUACCGCCGGUGCCAGAGAAGAUCGAGGAAAAGCCUGUCUCGGCCCCUGAGGAGUUCUGGCGUGACUUGCAGCAGUUUCAUGAGCGACGGGGCACACCCAUGACCCAAACGGCCAAGAUUAAUGGAAAACAGGUGGACUUGUACAAGCUAUACCAAGAGGUGACCGAUCGUGGUGGUUUCAACAAAGUAAACCUGCGGGACGAGUGGGAUGAGGUGUACAGUGCGUUAGAGACCCUUCGGGAGCGAUGUGUCAAUGGUACCGCUGGUAUCAAGCAUAUCUACCGGCGUUAUCUGGACAAGUACGAGCGCCUCAAUUUCUUUGGUGAGGAUCCGGACAAGAUGGAGGCCCUGGAGGCGGCCAUUGAGAAUGCUGAGCUGGGCGGAAGUCGCGCUCGUUCAAGGGCUCUGGCCGGAGGAGGUGGAGGCGGUGGCUUAAGUAGCAUCUUUGGCCUAGCACACUCAACGCUUCCGGCAGUACCAAUGUCAUACAACCAGCGGCAACACUCGGUAAAUACAGAGCGACGGAGACAAUACAAGCUAUCUACCCAGCUCCACCGGCACAGCAGCUACGAAAAGCUGUUGCUAUCCUUGCUUUCGCCUUUGCCCAACGAGCAGGACUUUGCCAUCAACGUGUGCACGCUAAUGGCCAACGAGGUGCGACACACUCUGCAGCUCUCAGAGUGCCCCAAGCUGCUGGACGUGCUUCUGGCCCACUUGGGUGUGUAUGCAGAUUUUACCAUACGUCAGCUUUUUCAGCACAGCUAUGCUGAGGUACGGCAGCAUUCGCAGCUCAGUUUUUGGAGAGAUCUAUUGUACGACAGGCCGCAGAUCCUUGAGCUCUACACAGAUGAGCAGGCUUGGCUAGACAACGGUCUCAUCACCAAGGAGGACAGCGAGGACUCCGCCGGUCGCAGUGAUCUGCUGGCGGCCUGUGAUGAGCUGGACUUCCUCAACCUGCGACGCAGCAAUGGCACAGACGAACGAAUGGGCCAGCGCGUGCUUCAGAUUGUUCAGCUCAUUCGAACCCUUAGUUUCCAUCAAGAAAAUCACGCAAUCCUGUCGUCUAACCGCACUCUUUGGCGAUAUCUGGUCAUGGGUGCCAAUGUACGAUGGAGUAAUGUUCACAUUCAGGCAUUGGAAACGGCUGGUAACCUGGCCCAUCAGUUCGAGCUGCAGGACCCAACGACGGAUGAGCUUUCGCGAAAUCUAUUGGCCACACUCUGCGAGGGCGUUGACUCGAAUGACCGGGCUGUGGUCAUCUGUUGCCUCGAGAUCCUUUACAAGCUUUGUGGUCGGGAGGGAAAUUCUCAGCAUAUCAACCGAUGCCUGGGCCUGGACUUCUACCAGCGCGCUAUGCUCUUGCUUUCGUUGACGGAUGUGAUGCUGUUGAUAUUUACCCUCGAGGCGGUCUAUGCUCUUAGCUCCCUUGGAGCUCGUCCCUGUUCGAUGCUUAUGCAGGUGCGCGGACUAGUGGACCAAUUGGUUGCUCUUAUAACGGUGGAAGCUCAGACAUACGGCGCCGAUGGAUGCAUCCUCAUGCGCGUAGUAGAGGUGGUGCCGGGCAAUAUGAUCGCUUCCAUGUCCCAAAACGUGCCCGCCCUGCAGACGCCAGCUACGGGGGCAGCGGCUGCUGUUCUCACAUCGCUGCCCCCUUCUCUUCAGGUUGCUGUUAAGCCACCCGUGGCGCUUCCUACUCCCUCGCCUGCCCAGACCCAGGUACUAUUGCCUUUCGCGGAACAGCCGGCCAUAUCCAGUUCUGUGCCGGCUCAGACAGUGACUGUAGUUCCAACUCUUCCGACUGUGCCCAGCCUACCGGUGCCUAGUUUGCCGCAAGUGCAUCUACCAGUGCCCAGCCUGCCACAAGUUCAGUUGCCUCCAAUCACCACGACGGUUGCGCUGCCGACUCCGCCUUCCGCCCCUCAGAGCUUCACGCACGAGGACGAGCAGUACGCCCUGUCCUGGCUGGGAGCUACAUACGAGAGGGCAGGUGCUGGGCACGAGCUGCGCGUAGAGCAAGCGGAGAUGUACCGGAUAUAUCUAUCCCACUGCCAGAAGUCUGGAAAGCUGUCGGUGGUUAACCACAAGCAGUUUCCGCGCCUGGUGCGGUUGAUAUUUAACCAAUCAGUAGGCCCGGUUAUUGUGCGGCAGUUGGAUGGCACGGAGCUGCCAGGAACGUACUAUGUCGGAAUUCGGAUGCGCGCCCAACCGCUGACUGUGCAACAGAAACCUGUCCCCAGCAUGGUGCCCGUCAAGAAGGAGGCUCUGAUUCUGCCAAAACCUUCGCAAGGCGAACCUGCAGAAGGUGCUACUGAAGAAACGACGGCUAAUCCCACCGCCUCCACGCCGCCACCGAGCUCCUCUCUGAUCAAAAGCCUGCUGGCCAACAAGGUUACUGAGCGGCAGCAGAAGCAAAAGGCACAGGGGCAGUCGCAGGUCCAGACGACGCAGCCGCCUGCUUUGGUGGCGACCACCGCUUCGGUUACUGCCGGAACACAGCCUAUUAAGGUCACCUCCACAGCCAUUAGCGCCUUUGUGAACAACCCGCUGAUGCAGCACACGCCGGUGAAGGUGGGGCAAACCACAAUUAAGCCACUGCAUCCACAGUUGACAAUCGAGAAGAAGCCGAUCACGGAUUCUGCGCCCCCGCCCCUCGCACCGCUCAGUGGUGCAAAUGUUGUGACCAAGGACACCACCGGGCGCAAUCUAAUAAUUGCAGCAGCCGCUGCCAAACGGAAACUUACGAUAGACGAUGAGCAAAAUAAGAGAAUUGCUCUGGAUGCAGUGGGCUCUUUAGCCUCUGCCGCAGGCUCUAAGGAUGAGCCACACGUAACGCCCUCAAAGAACGCGGCCAACCUCUACGCAGACUUGGCGGCUUCGAUCUUGGAGGACGAGGACCUGGAUGACGUUCCACCGCUAGCAAAGACCAGCCAGGAGCAACCCCAGCAGCAGUCGCAGCAACAGCAGCUCCAGCUCAUUCCAGCCAAAGUGCAGCCGACCCAGCGCCAGUUGCUGUUUCCCGCUAGCAGCGUGUCCUCCCCAGCGCCGCCCCCGCAACUCAAGCUGGCCACUACAGCUACAAUCAAAACAGACCAAGGACUGCAGACUGUGCCGGUUAUCAUACAGUCGAAGACAUCCAUGGACGCUGCACCUGCGCCGCAGACUCAGUAUGUCCUGGCCACCAACCAGCAGGGACAGACGUACUUGGUUGCCCAACAAACUCAACCGGCUGUUCAAGCACCAACUCAGUCAGCUCCGCCGACGCUGCUGGUAACCCAGGCCCCGCAGCAACAAACGAAGACCAUCAUUAUUCUCCAGCAGCCAGGAGGAGCGACGGCAGCUAACGUGCCGGGAACGCAAAAAGUGUUUAUGACCACGCCGCAGGGCCAGCAGGUUCUGGUCACCACCACUACAGGCCCGCAGACAGCACAGACUCGCACGGGAGCGCCCCCGCAGCAAAUAUUCCUUGCUCCCCAGCGUCCUGUGCCAGCACUGGGAGCUGGCCAAAUGUCGCCCUCCCUGCUUUCACAACUUAACCAGAUACCGGCUACCAUUAAGCUCCACCAGCCGCAACCACAGCCGCAACUAGUUUCGCCGCAGGUGUUGCCGCAACAACGCCUUAUGGCCACAAAAACGGGCGCAUCCCUGCCCAUUCCGCAGUUGCAGCAGCAUCAGUCCAUCAUCCAGCAACACAUCAUCUCAGGCCCUGCGACGGCAUCUACCACCGCUGCUGGAAGCGUGGCGGUUGUGCCCGAGAAAAGGCAGAUUCUCCUUGGGGGCAUCAAGGAGACGACUCUUAUCACUCAGACCCCGGCCACCGCCACACCGGUGCAGCAAAGUCAGUUGAAUUCGCAGACGAUUAUAACUUCCCAGCCGGCGCCCACAGCUUCCGGCACCGUAACCCUGCAGCAACAGCAGCAGCAGCAUAUCCGCACCGUUUUGGAGCAACAGACCCAUCAUCCUUCUAUUAUUCAGCAGAAGAUUUCAAUGCCAGCUAUUUCAGAACCAGCCAAACCGAAGAUGGCGGCCGUAUCAGUUCCAGCAACUCCGCCAGGAACCUCUAUUGUAGCAAAGAAGGCCUUACAGCCCCAUCCUACUUCCCAAAAGGUUGCAACCACCCAGGCAGUUGUUGUAUCUCAAGCGACUAUAAGCGAGCCCGCGGCGGGUGUCGGGGCUAAGGCGGUUGUGGCGGGCACCAGCGAAACCAAACCAGCCGACCAGCCUGCCAAUGUAACAGCUACAGUCGUCACCAGCAGUAGUAGCAGUGCGGUGGUGGUCAGUCAAAGCGUGUAUGCCGCACCCCCCACCAGUAACAGUCCCACGCCGACUCCCUCCGCUGUGCCAGUGGAUGCCAACUGGUUGUAUAUUUGUGACUGGCGCAACUGCCCUCGCCGAAAGUUCAAGUCGCUGAACGACCUCAAGUAUCACGUGUGCAACGUCCACUGUCCCGAUCACUUGGAUUCGGACGCGGACAUCUACUGUCAAUGGGGUAGUGGACCAACCUUUUGUGACAACAGGGCCCGCAAACGAUACUCUCUGAUGACUCACCUAAUAGAUCGCCAUUUGACAACGGAGAAUCUCCGAGCUGCCAUGCAGCGUCGCCUGGCCACUGGCAUCCAUAACGUAGCACCCACCCAGCCCUCUGUGACCAUAGUUCGCAAUGAGAGUCAUGGUCAACGACUGGCGGGAACCGGGACCGGUCCGUCUUCGGUGUCCUCCCCAGCUCCGACAGCGGCAAUUGUUGGCAGUGCCGCGAUGCAGGCCAUGAAUAGACACACCACGGACUACACAAACUCCAAGGAGCUGAUGGACGAGAACGAGGGCCCUGUCACUAAGAGUAUUCGCCUCACAGCGGCGCUCAUCCUUCGGAACCUGGUCACGUACUCCUCGACGGCCAAGCGCUGCUUAAAGCGGUACGAGCCCCACUUGGCCAACGUGGCCCUGAGUAAUGUGGAAGCCAGCGGAGUACUCUCUCACAUCAUGUACGAGCUAAGCCAGUAGCUUCAUAGUAAUUUUAAAAUCCUAACAAAUUGUUUAAUAAAUUGACUUUUACACUGUAA